AUUUGAUAUUUCUGAAGGUGUUAGGCUCUGGUAAAAGGGCGGAGUAAAAUUGACAUAAAAAAAAGCAUUACAAUCUUCCCAUGUCAUGGACAGCAAGGCAAAAACGUAUUCAUAGUAUGUCUGAUAGUCUCCAGACGUGUAUUAUUUUAGCCACGGGGUGGUGCUUGACUUCUGUCUCUUCGGAAGCGACCCCAGCUAAAUGAACAUCACGCACCUUGAUGUAUUCACAUAGAAAGAUUUAGUAGGAAUACGAACACACCGGUUGAACACAAUCCAAAUCUAUCGGUCAUGGAGAGUCGACAGUGAGUUACAAAUGAUAUGUUGACGUUUGGCUCACUUGCUUGGACCUUCUUUGUAUAUGCCAAUCUGUGUUUUUAGUUAUUUACAUGUGUUAAUUCCUGCCCGCUUUAGGGAGAAAGACACUGAUCUUUAAUAACAGUCUAUUUUUGUAGCUCUGGGGAUAAACCAGAGCGUAGUAGGGCUUGCAGCAAGAACGCGGUGUCACCUGACACAAGUAUACGAGCCUAUCAUAUGUUAGGGGAGAGGCAAACCGCUUCAGUCGGACAAGAGUUGUCAGGAGAGGGCUCCAGCGAAGAGAGUAAAAGAGGGGAGAGAAAGAACACAUGAGUGCAAUGCCGAAUAAAACGAAAAAAGAUAAGGAAUCGCCGAAGUCUGGAAAAGUUGGCAAAACGGGUGGUCAAGAGAAUGCAGAACACGAGGGUUCUAACAGGAAGGGAAGCAACAGUGUCCCGCCCCCCACCCAGCUGCUGAAAGGCAAACAGAGUGGUUCCCAGACGCCCGCCAAGAAGGACAAGCGCCCCAGCUCCUCCCGUUUCAGCCUCAGCAACAACCGCGAGCUGCAGAAGCUCCCCGCCUUCAAAGAUGUGCCCCCGGCCGAGCAGGAGAAGCUUUUUAUCCAGAAGCUGCGUCAGUGUUGUGUGCUGUUCGACUUUGUGUCCGACCCCCUUAGCGACCUCAAAUGGAAGGAGGUCAAGCGGGCGGCGCUCAGCGAGAUGGUGGAGUACAUCACCCACAACCGCAACGUCAUCACCGAGCCCAUCUACCCUGAGGUGGUGCACAUGUUUGCAGUGAACAUGUUCAGGACGCUGCCCCCCUCCUCAAACCCGACAGGGGCUGAGUUUGACCCGGAGGAGGACGAGCCCACAUUAGAGGCGGCUUGGCCACACCUUCAGUUGGUGUACGAGUUCUUCCUCCGUUUUCUGGAGUCUCCAGACUUCCAGCCCAACAUAGCCAAGAAGUACAUAGAUCAGAAAUAUGUAAUGCAGCUCCUGGACCUCUUUGACAGUGAAGACCCCAGGGAGAGGGACUUCCUGAAGACCACUCUGCACCGCAUCUAUGGCAAGUUCCUGGGCCUGCGCGCAUACAUCAGGAAACACAUCAAUAACAUAUUCUAUAGGUUCAUAUAUGAAACAGAACAUCAUAAUGGAAUAGCAGAAUUAUUGGAAAUUUUAGGAAGCAUAAUCAAUGGCUUUGCCUUGCCUCUGAAAGAGGAACACAAGAUAUUCCUGUUGAAAGUGCUGCUGCCUUUACACAAAGUGAAGUCCCUAAGUGUUUACCACCCACAGCUGGCGUACUGUGUGGUCCAGUUCCUGGAGAAGGACAGCACGCUCACGGAGCCGGUGGUGAUGGCACUGCUGAAGUACUGGCCUAAGACCCACAGCCCUAAGGAGGUGAUGUUCCUGAACGAGCUGGAGGAGAUUCUGGAUGUCAUCGAGCCAUCGGAGUUUGUCAAGGUCAUGGAGCCGCUCUUCAGACAGCUGGCCAAGUGUGUGUCCAGCCCCCACUUCCAGGUGGCUGAGAGGGCGCUGUACUACUGGAACAAUGAGUACAUCAUGAGCUUGAUCAGUGACAACGCUGCCAGAAUACUACCCAUCAUGUUCCCCUCCCUCUACCGCAACUCAAAGACCCACUGGAACAAGACCAUCCAUGGGCUCAUAUACAACGCUCUGAAGCUCUUCAUGGAGAUGAACCAGAAAUUGUUUGACGACUGCACCCAGCAGUUCAGGGCAGAUAAAAACAAAGAGAAGAUGAAAUGGAAAGAACGGGACGAGGCGUGGAUAAAGAUCGAGAAUCUGGCCAAGUCAAAUCCAAAGUUCGUGACAUACGUGGACAGGGCCGGCCUCAACAGCCCUGUGGACAUGGAGACGGACGGUCCUCUGAUGGAUGACAACAUGCUGAGAAAGGCCAUGGAGGAGGAGGCCACACCGCUGCAGCGUGAGCAGCGUAAGGAGCGGCCACUGGUGCGGCGUAAGUCUGAGCUGCCUCAGGACGUGUCGACCGUGAGGGUCUUGGAGACGUACCGCCGCGCAGAGGAUGUAAUCACCCCCGCUGACACCCACUAGAGGACUACCCACACACACUCACAUGCAACACACACACACACAAACAUGCAGCGAUGUCAGGAGCAGCUCAUCCAGGACCCCCGACACACACACACACACACACACACACACACACACACACACACACACACACACACACAAGACAGGCUCGGUCUGGGAGCCCCCCCCCCCCAAAGACACACACACACCUAUACACACACAAAGAGGCCAGGCCAGGAGGUCCACUCCCCCUCUUGUAAGAGCCCAGGCCAGUCUACACCCCCCGCCCACACACUGGGCUUUGGAAGUCUGUCUUUUUUUUCUCCCUCUUUCCUCUUUCUUUCUGUCUGUCUGUCUGUCUGUCUGUCUGUCUGUCUGUCUGUCUUUCUUUCCUUCUUUCUCUCCCUGUUCUCAGGUCUUUAUUUUGCUGCUCAGUCCAUUAGACAGCAUCCUUUGUUUUAGAUCCCAUUGGCUUCAUGUCAGCAUCGUUACGUGCCUGUCCAGAACUGUCAUUCGAACUACGUCUCAGUAACCUGAAAGAGGUCAAGACGAGGGGGGUGCCUAGCAUGGCUGCCCAUGUCGUGGACAUGAGUGUAAAAUAGUGUGUGUGUGUGUGUGUGUGUGUUCGUGCCAGAGCUGACCUCGGAAGGACAUGGGCGAGGAGAAUGCUCUCCUCAUGCCUCUUGACCCAUGAACUUUGACCUUUGGGGGCAGGGGGGCAGAGCCGCUAAGACUAAAAGCUCUGUGCCUGUGACGGCCGCAACUGUAUGUCUGUUUUGUUUGUUUCUUUUUUUUAACUGUUGGUUGGAUUUGGCAAUGGGGACUGUCAGCCAAAUGUGUGUUAGGCCACACAAAGGAUACUAUAAUAAUAAUAUUAAAAAUAAUGAUUAUUA